UUGGGUAUAAAAAACGCAACAGCAAAAGUGGGUGGCAAAAUUAUUGGGCUAUGAUUAUGAAAUUUUAUACCACCCCGGCAAGGAAAAUUCGGCAGCAGAUACGCUUUCACGGGUGGUAGAUAGUCCUAUUCUACAUGCCUUAUCCAUACCGCAAGUUCGGAUAUGGGAUAAAAUUAAAACUAUAUCAGGUGACCAUCCGUAUAUGCAACGGGUUUGCCAGCUAGCAAAGUCCAACCCAGGUGCUCCUUAUAUAUGGCGUGAUGGACUAGUAUUUUAUAAAAAUCGAGUUGUAGUGCCUCCAAAUUCAUUUGUGGUGUCAAAGCUGAUGCAAGAGUUUCAUGAUUCACAAAUUGGUGGCCAUUUAGGAGUUCUAAAGACUUACAAACGCAUUGUACAACAGUUCUACUGGCCAUCACUGUACAAAACCGUAAAGGAGUAUGUGGCGGCUUGUGACAUCUAUCAAAAGUCCACGGCUGAAACGCUCUCUCCUGCAGGUCUUCUCCAACCACUACCCAUUCCAUGUCAAGUGUGGGAGAAUAUCACUUUGGAUUUUAUUGAAGGAUUGCCUAUAUCACAUGGUAAAGAUAUCAUUCUGGGAGUAGUGGACAGACUAAGUAAGUAUGCUCACUUCCUUACUUUAGCUCACCCAUUUACUGCCAAAACAGUAGCUGAAAGAUUUGUUGACGGGGUAGUGAAACUUCACGGUAUGCCAAGGUCUACUGUUAGUGAUCGUGAUCCGAUUUUUCUCAGUAAAUUUUGGCAAGAAUUUUUUAAGCUUUCAGGAACCCAUUGAAAAUGAGUGCAGCAUACCAUCCCCAAACAGAUGGCCAAUCGGAAGUGACCAAUAGGUGUGUGGAACAAUAUUUACGCUGCUUUGUAUACCAGCAAACUCGUAAAUGGAGUGAUCUCAUCCCAUGGGCUGAAUUUUGGUACAACACCGCCUACCACGCAUCUGCAGGGAUGACUCCUUUUCAAGCCCUCUAUGGUCGGCUGUCUCCUGCAAUCCCAUAUUAUCAGAAGGGAACAACGCUCGUCAAUGAGGUCGAUCAAAGUCUUUCCUCGCGGGAUGCCUUACUCAAUCAAUUGAAAAACAAUUUGCUUGUCGGUAGUAAUCGUAUGAGGCAGGCAGCGGAUAAGAAAUGACGUGAUAUCGAGUUUCAAGUUGGCGACCUUGUCUAUCUUAAGUUACAUCGUUAUCGCUAGCACUUAGUUUUCAAAAGAGCUUAUCACAAACUUGCUAGCCGAUUUUAUGGGCCUAUAAAGUGGAGCAACGUGUGGGAAAGGUGGCAUACGAGCUGCAGUUGCCGGAAGGAGCUCGUAUUCACCCUAUAUUUCAUGUCUCCUUACUUAAAAAAGAAGCUGGGUACUCCUUGUGCUGUCAACAACAAACUACCACCCAUUUCUGAGGAUGGCAUUGUUGAGCUAAAACCCGAGUCAAUCUUGGAGACGCGCCAGGUUGAAAAAGGGAAGAAGUUUGUUGAAGAAAGCCUAGUUAAGUGGCUUCGUCUUCCAGCAGAGGAAGCUACCUGGGAAGAUACUCAGGAGCUGAUUAACCAGUUCAAGGAUGUGGACCUCGAGGACAAGAGUCCACUUCGACGGGGAGGUAAUGAUAAGCCAUGGCAAUCUAGGCAAUCUCAACGCAUGCGCAAGAAGACCCGCAGGUACGUGGAACCUUUUAAAGUGCAUUUUCUAAUCUACCUCAUCCAUUUUAAUUUAACAUUCAAUUAGUUCGAUCUAAAAUCAAGUUCUAAAGACAUUUAUUCUCCUGUAUGAAAUUUAUUCGAACUAUACUUUAUGAAAUUUUCAUGAAUCUUUAUUGGCAUUAAACUACUGCCCCGUUGUUUUCUUCUUUGAGGAUAAGCUGUAAGAUCCCUCUUAGGACUGAAACCUCCAGACUCCAGAGAGAGUGGGUGUGAUCAUACUCCUCUAAAUGUCUACAUCUCCCAGCUGUUCUCUUUCCUGGGCAUUUUCAUGUCGAUGGUGCGUCCAAAAGUCAAUUACAUUAUAGGUGGUGUCACAACGAGGCCUUUUCUUGAGAAAUUCUUCCCUUCAAUACUAAAGAAUGCAGCUGGGGCUGAAACAAAUGUGUACUGUGCGUAUGACAGCCAGAUUCUUACGUCCUUCACAUCUUCACUCUGUAUAGCCGGACUAGCUGCCUCCCUUGUCGCCAGUCGCUUCACGGCAGCUUUAGGCCAUAGAAACAUCAUGGUAUUAGGUGGUCGUAAUUUCUUUGCAGGUGUAGCUAUCAAUGGCGCUGCUGAGAAUAUUACUAUUCUCAUUUUGGGCUGCAUUUUGCUAGGAUUUGGGGUUUUUUUUACCAACCAGGGUACUCCUGUUUACCUCUCGAAAAUGGCUCCACCGAAAUGGCAGGGUGCAUUCAAUACCGGCUUCCAAUUCUUUAUAGGCAUUAGUGUAGUGGCAGCAAAUUGCAUAAACUACGACACCGCCAGCUUGCAUUUGGGGUGGCGCAUCUACUUUGGCCUUGCCAUGAUACUGGCUGCUGUCAUGAUAUUGGGCGCUUCCCUAAUCUCAGACACACCUAGUAGCCUUGUGGAGCGGAGCAAAAUUGAACAAGCCUGAAAAUCUCUAGUGAAAUUCCAUGGAUUUGAACCCAAAUCCGAUCCCAACAUUGAAAAUGAACUAGUUGAACUAAUCAAGUGCAGUGAAAUUGCAAAAGCCAUAAAUCAAGAACCAUUUGUUACUAUAUUGGAGAGACAAUAUAGACCUCAUCUAGUGAUGGCGAUUGUCAUAACAUUUUUCCAGCAAGUAACUGGAAUCAAUAACAUUGCAUUCUACACCCUGGUGUUAUUUCAAUCAGUUGAUUUUGGAAGUGAUUCAGCUUUGAUUGACGCCAUAAUUCUAAGGUUAGUUAACCUCGAAUCAAUUCUUGUCACUACAAGCCUUGUUGAUCGGUAUGGUCGAAGAUUUCUAUUCAUUGAGGGCGGGACUCAAAUGUUCAUUUGUCAGGUCUCGACUGCUUGUGUACUAGCUGAUGUAACGGGUGUGUCAGCAACAAGACAUACAUCGAAGGAAUACGUAGCAUUGAUACUUGCUUUGAUGUGCCUUUACGUGUUUGGAUUUGGUUGGUCAUGGGGGCCUUUAAGUUGGCUAAUUCUAAGUGAAAUAUUCCCAGUGAAAAUCAAAACGACGGGGCAAAGUAUAAGUGUAGCGGUAAAUUUGGAUGUUGCAUUCGUGCUUUCGUAUACAUUCUUGACCAUGCUAUGCCACUUCAAGUAUGGAGAAUUCUUGUUUAACGUGGGCUGGCUUGCUACAAUGACCAUUUUUGUCGGGAUUUUUGUGCCAGAGACAAAAGGGGUUUUGUUGAACUCAAUGCAUCAAGUGUGGGAACAACACUGGUUUUGGAGCAAGUUUGUCUAA